AUGAUUCUGGGAGGACCCCGCCCGGUGCUCCUGCUACCACUCAUCCUGCUGGCCGCCUGCCUGAUCCUGGCCAGUGGGCAGCCAUGGAUCGAGCCAAACUUCAUUUUCCAGAGGAAGCAUUUGGACUAUGAAAAGACUAAAGCCCCCACUGCCAACGCCUAUUGUAACACGAUGAUGAUUUUUCGGGGACUGUAUGGGAAGGCAGUCAAUACCUUCAUCCAUGAGCCCAUCUUAAAAAUCACCAGCAUCUGCAAGGAGGGUGGUACUCCCAAAAUAGGUGGCCUGUACAAGAGCAAAGUUGAAUUCAGCAUCACUCAGUGCGUAUUUAAGCCUGACACACUGUCAAUCUCUUACAUCGGAGUAGUGAAGAAGCGGAAAAUUAUCAUUGGCUGCUGGAAUUUGUAG